AUGGCUCGUCUCAGCUUCAAGCGCAUCGCGCUCGCGCUGGCUGUAGCAGCGGGCAUCCUCGUCGCCGGCGGAGCCUCCGAUGCGGCAGCCGAACUCUCCCCACGCGAAGAAUUUGACAAAGCCACAAGGGAACUGGGAGACAAAUUUAAAGAGCUAUUGCCAUCGGACUCUAGCAUCCAGGCGCCCCUCAGCCUCACGGCUCUCGUCGGCGUCGCCGGCAGCGCUGCGCUUCUCGCGCGUGCGUGA